AUGGAAGGUGUCAUACAGAGCAUAAUGAUACUCAUAAUAAGUAUGGAAUUCAUAAUAGGACAUUUGACAAAUGGAUUUAUAGUCCUGGUGAACUUCGUGGACUGGAUGAAGAGAAGGAAGCUCUCUUCUGUGGAUCAAAUCCUCACUGCUUUGGCUGUCUCCAGGAUCGCUCUUCUUUUGUCUACAGGCUCAAGUAUAUUGGUAUCUAAGCUAGACUCAGGUGGAGCAUUUGCAAUAGAAAUUUUGAAAAUAUUUACUUUUGCCUGGGUUGUGGCUGGUCAUUUUUGCAUGUGGCUUACUGCAUGCCUAGGCCUGUUUUACUUUCUUAAAAUUGCCAACUUUUCUAACUCUAUUUUUCUGUAUUUGCGGUGGAGAGUCAAAAGCGUGAUUUCAGUGAUAAUGCUGGUGUCUCUUCUCCUUUUGAUUUUAGAACUUGUACUGAUGAACUCAUAUAUUUAUGUCUGGGUGAAAAGAUAUAAAGACAGCUUUGUGAAUAGUUCCAGUUUGAGUGACAGUGUAGAACCGUACAGGUUUCUUUUACUUCUUAGCACUAUUUUCACUUCAAUACCCUUUACAAUGUCCCAGGUAACUUUUAUCCUGCUGAUCUUUUCCCUGUGUAAACAUGUGAAGAAGAUGCAGGACAAUGUCCAAAGAUGCAGGGAUGCCAGCACAACGGCCCACACCACCGCCUUGCAAAUCAUGGUCACCUCUGUUCUACUUUGCUCCAUAUUUUUCCUGGUGUUUCUCUUGCAGCUUUUGAAGUCUGAGUUGCUGACAAACGAUCUUUAUGUUAGUUUCUCCCAGGCUGCUGCAUUUGCAUUUCCUUCACUUCACUCUUGUCUUCUGAUUCUGGGAAGCAUGAAGCUGAGGCAGGCCUCUCGUUCUGUGUGGUGGUGGCUCCGAUGCAGGCCCAAAGACGUGAAACCUUCAGAUCUCUAA